CCGCGUCAGCAGCGUCACGAUCGUCGCUCUGCCUUGCAUCCAUCCAGACAUUCCAGCAUGGACACAUGCAGUCGCCUGGAUGGGGUGCGCAAUUGGGCGGCACGCAAACACACUCACUCAACCCGCACAGACGGGCAGGCUGGCAGACAGGCGCAGCCAAUCGCAACAGCCUCAGUCUGGUGGAAUGUGAUUGGUGGAAGGCCGGAGUGGAGAUUAGCCAAUGGCCGUGAGGCGUUGCGAGCCUCUCUCUCUCUCUCUCUCUCUCUCUCUCUCUCUUGCCCCGCGUCUCCGUUGCUCUCGUUCUCGUCUGCACACUUGGCUGCGCUCAGCCGAUUGGUCGAAACAGCCUCACGUGGGCUUAAGCCACUGGAGUCCAGGCUGCCGACACGAACGCACCUGCCGGCUUCGUCUGGUGACGUGUCGUUGCGUUAUCGGCUCCGCGUCGUGGCAAUUGGGCGAGGCAACGGCGUGGAUCUACCGAAUGUCGAGGGUACAGCUGGGCUCGAUCGUGGGGUGCCUUGUUGCGCGAUCAGAAGACACGUCAUGAAAAGACACGAUUUCGUGUUGUUUCUGUGCGACUUUGUCGUGUUGUUCCUGUGCGACUUUGUCGUGUUGUCAAGGCGAACUCGAUGA